GUGGGGAACAGAAUGAAGAUUUUUUCUUUGAACUUUUUCAUCACUGUGACACUGAUUUGACAGAGAAAUUUGUAGAAAUUUCUGGAAUUUUUUGAGAUCCAUUUGUUGAUUUAUUCUCAUCUUUCUAUAUAUAGCAGUGGACUCACCACUUCCAGACAACAGAAAUCAUAACCAACUCUAACUGAAGUAACUAACUCUACCUGAACUUGCUUCCAUUCUCUUCAUGGUCAGUAGUACAUCUUCUGCUACUUCGUCAUCUCCAUCUUCUUCAUCGUCGGCCUUAUCUCCGUUACCGAUGGAGGGAUUGCACGACAUAGGUCCACCGCCUUUUCUAACGAAAACUUAUGAAAUGGUUGAAGACCCUGGAACAGAUUCAAUUGUUUCGUGGAGUGUCACUCGUAAUAGCUUCAUUGUUUGGGAUUCACAUAAACUGGCAUCCAGUCUUCUACCUAGAUACUUCAAGCAUGGUAAUUUUUCGAGCUUUGUUCGUCAGCUGAAUACUUAUGGUUUCAAGAAGGUUGAUCCGGAUCGCUGGGAAUUUGCGAACGAGGGGUUUUUGGGAGGGCAAAAGCAUUUGUUAAAGCACAUCAAGAGGAGAAGAAAUUUAACUCAAAACAUUCAUCAAGGAGGACCAGGCGUUUGUGUUGAGUUAGGACAAUAUGGGUUGGAAGACGAAAUUGAUAGGCUUAAAAGGGAUCGCAGUGUGUUAAUGUCUGAGGUUGUGAGAUUACGGCAGCAACAACAGAAUUCUGAGGGUGAAAUUCUAGUCAUUGAAAAAAGAUUGCAAGUAAUUGAAAACAAGCAAAGAAACUUAAUGGGUUUCCUUGGUAAAGCGCUAAAGAACUCUGAUUUUGUACAUCAAUUAAUCAGCCGGAAUGGGCAGAACAAAGCAUUGGGUCAUGGAAUUGGAACUGGAAGGAAAAGAAGAUUGCUUGCUAGUACAAGCGCAGAAGUCUUGCAGCUGGAAGGGAUAUUGGAGGAUAUCCAGGUUGAGGAUUAUAUGGAUCAUGCUGUAAAAGAAGAGGCUGUGAUUGAAUCAGACGUGGAGACAUUAUACGCGGCCGCUGCAAAUACUGAUAUAAAUAAUCUUAUCCAGGAGAGUGAUUCUGUUUUGGGUUCUUUUGAUGACUUAAUGUGGAAGAAAUCACUGGUCGAAGAUAUGGUUUCAGGUUAUAAAGAGGCGGAAAUGAAACUUGGCGAUCAAUUUGAUUAUUUAGGUGAUGUUCAAUUGGAAGACUUAGUUGCGGAUCCGUCAGAAUGGGUUGAUGAACUUGCGCAGGAGCUAGUGGAUCAAAUGGAAUUUCCCGGAUCAAAACCAUGAACAAAAAUUCUACAAUUACACUUUACAGAACUUGUUUUUACUUCCUUGUCUAAACCUUCUUUGUAGCUCGACCGAGCUGAAGUGUUUCUUUUGUGAUGAACUCCUUGUUUUAUGAAGAUUUUAAUUUAUUUUCUAAACAUGUUUCUGUAGGGCAAUGAAGAUGGAAAAUGGAAAUCUACUCAAUCAUCGUCACCUGAAGAGCUUGGAAGAGAAAUAUACUGUAAGCUAUUGCGAAAGCUAAAUCGUAUCGACUAAUAAUCUGUCUACUCAAUGAUUAUUGCUACUGUAAGAGAAAAUAUAGCAAGGUGCACCCUUCUCAUGAAUAUUGUUAUUCAUUUUGUUAUGUUUCAGACACUGAAAUACUAUCCGCACCGUUUAAUUUAAGGAAAAA